AUGUACUUGCUGACUGGAGUUGGGAACUGGUUUAUGGCCAGUCAGUUCAGCCAAUCUGGAGAAUCUCAGGCCUCUGUCCCAGCAUCCUCGGGAACCACGGCAGCCUCAAGUCUUCUGACUCUUGCUGAACAGCGGCUGGGCACUCAAGAUCUCCGGUUGUGGGCUGGAGCCGUGAGCAGCACCUUGCAAAGGCAAGAAGUGGAGAAGUACAGCUUUGUGAUCACCUCAACACAGGCAGCUGUGUCUAGCGGGGCUUUCUCUAUUGUGGGCAGGGACCUCAGUCCCGAGGAGGAGGAAGGAAGAGCUCCAUGGACUCGGAAGAAGCCAAAGAUGGCCAGCGCCGCCCCGUCGGGGGAGGUGAGGCUCGGGGUGCUGCUGCCGGGGCGCAACCUGAGCUACCCCUGGGCCUGGCCGCGCGUCCAACCCGCCCUGAGCCUGGCCCAGCUGCGCCCCCCAGGCCUCGCCCUCCGCACCGCCUUCGCCUCCACCGAGGGCCGGGAUGGCGACUGCGACCACGAAGUGGCCCGGUGGGAGGCCGCACAUCUGAAGUGCUCCCACGACCCGGACGUGCUGCUCGGGGCGGGCUGCGGCCACCCAGGCUACUUAGUGGGGCGCUUCGCCCAGCACUGGCAGCUGCCGUUCCUUCGAGCCGGGGCCUAUGGAGAAAGUAGCACAGCUCUCGGCAGCACGGUGGUGUACGCCGGUCCCGGGGGGCCUGCCCUCCUCGCCUUCGUGCCCCGGCUGCACCGGCGCUUCAACUGGACCUCCCGCGCCGCCCUUGUGUACGCCGAGCAGUCCAAUUACAGGCAAUACCUUUUCCCCUCCUUCAUGCGAUUGGCAGCGGACGCCCGGACCUUCGACUUCCACCGAUAUGGGCAGCCCGAGAAGGCGGUGCGGUUCAUCCGGGCCAAGGGGCGAGUGGUCCACAUUUCUGGGCCCCUGAAGAUGUUGCAGGAGAUCAUGCACCUGGCGCAGGCUCAGAACAUGACCAGCGGUGACUACGUCUUCAUCUACCUGGACACUUGGGGGGAAAGCCUGAGAGCUGAGGGGCAUCGUGAGGCCAAGAAGCCCUGGCAGAGCACAGAGAGCCAAGAUACAGGAGUCCUCCGAGAGGCCUUCCAGUCGGUGCUGGUGGUCACUGCCCAUGAGCCCCAAACCCCCGAAUACCGGCGUUUCCAGAGCCAGCUGGUCCAGCGUGCCCAGAGGGACUUUGGUGUGGCUGUGAAUGACUCCAGGGGGACGCUGGUGGCCGGCUGCUUCCACGACGUGCUGCUGCUGUAUCUCAAGGCCCUGAACGAGACGCUGCAGGAAGGUGGAACCAAGCAGAACACCAGCCGCAUCCUGGAGAAGAUGAGGGGCCUGAAAUUCCAGGGUGUCACUGGGACGGUGAGCCUCAAUAGACACAAUGACCGAGAGAUGGAUUUUGACCUGUGGGCCAUGAGGGAUGUGGAGAGCGGAGAAUUCCAGGUGGUGGCUCAAUUUGUGGGCACAGAGAAUCAGAUGAACUGGCUGGGGCCCAUCCACUGGAAGAAGGGGAGCCCUCCUCUCGACAACCCGCCCUGUGUCUUCGACAUGGAUGACCCCUCCUGUGGUAAGAGUGGGCGUGUCCAAGGCUGUGGGCCUGCCUCAGCAGAAGUGACGCUCUCCUGCCCGGCUCCAGAUGCGAGACAUCCCAUUGCCUGGUUCAGCAGGGUCUGCAUCGACCCACCCGGAAUGGAUGCUGCCCCCCCCAGCAGCUUACAGGAGGUCUCUCGGCAUCGUGUGAACCCGCCCUUGCCAAAGGCACAUUCACCCAGCAGCCCGAAAGCUGCAUUUCCAGAGGCAGUGGAGGGGGGCGCAUGCCCAGGGGAUGUGGAUCUCCAUGCCUGUGAGGGAAGUCACCUCUUCUCCAGCAAUAGAGGACUGGUGGUCGAGAUGGUGGAACUUGCAGAGAUGGCCAAACUUCCGUCUUUGACAAAAGAGAAGACUUCAUUUUAUACCUUUAUGGAUUUCUUGUGUGAAGAGCAAAAAAGGUGA